AGGCGAUUAUAUCUUAUACGUGUAUAAUUUGUAAUAAAACACAUAAUUUUUGAUCGAUGUAGUUAUUUUCUAAUGAACCUAAUUAUUUGCUAUUUUAACUCAUCUUCUUCAUAAGAGUAGAUUUUAAAUAUGCUUGAAAACCGAUUUUAUGAUCGCAACUAGUUUUAAAUUACUUGUGUGCAGUUUUGAAGUAUAGUUAUUGAUCAUGGACAAAAAAGAAUAUACAUAUGGCUAUCAACCAUUAGAUGAUUAUUCAAAAAAUGACACAGACGAUACAGGUGUUUGUAAGAAAAUAACAGAUGCUUAUGAACUUGAAGAACUUAACAAAGAUAAUUUACCACCUUCCGAUGAGAACAACAAUAAAAUGAAUGCGCAUGGUAUCGGUGUGUAUACUGCUGGAAUAUUUAUUGUUGGCGAGGUUAGUGGUGCUGGUGUUAUUGCUUUUCCUGGAGCAAUGUCCAAAACAGGAUGGCUAGGUUUACCAUUAAUGGUUAUUAUUUUAUUCAUAUGCGCUUACUGUGGUCUUUUGCUUGGAUAUGCUUGGAAACGUGCAAAACAGCAGCGUGUAGAGACUGAACCUAUUAGGGAUCCUUAUCCUUUCAUUGGUGAAAUUGCAUUUGGAAAAAAAGGUCGUAAUGCUGUUUCAGUAUGCUUAAAUGUUCAACUUUUUUUUACUUGCGUUAUUUACUUAAUACUGUGUGCAGAAAUUUUACAAAGUUUCCUUUUUUUCCAUGUUGGUACUACGCCUGGGAUUUCAAGUCUUCGUAUUUGGCUGCUGAUAGUAUCAUUUGUGAUUAUUCCAUUUACUUGGUUGGGUACUCCUAAAGAUUUUUGGUUUGUUGCUGUUGGAGCUGCUCUUUCAACUACUUUAGCUGUUAUUCUCAUUAUAACAAAGUAUAUACUGAUUCGACCAAAUGAUAUAAAUUCAGUUGAAAAAGCUCCAGUAACAAUUGGUUCUUUCUCAUCUGCAUUUGGAGCAAUCGUAUUUGGAUAUACUGGUGCAAGUUUGUUUCCUACUAUACAGUCAGAUAUGAAAAAUCCAGCGAGGUUUAUUCAAGCUGCAUCAAUUGGUUAUGCUGGAAUAGGAUUACUUUACAUUCCUACUGCUAUUGGAGGAUUUGUUACUAUUGGCAAAGGUCUCCAAGACAGUAUCUUAAAGACACUUACUGAUUAUGAUCAUAUACAUAAACUAAAUCAUGGCAUAGUUGCAGCUGCAAAACUUUUAUUUGCAUCACAUUUUUUGUGUGGAUUUGUGUUAAUGAUAAAUCCUUUGGUUCAACAAAUGGAGAGUUUUUUCAAUGUACCGUAUGAGUUUUCAAGACAAAGAAUAUAUUUUCGAACGUUAGCUGUGAUAUCUGUACUUGGUACAUGUGAGAUCUUUCCACUAUUUGGUCCAAUUGUUGAUUUGAUUGGUGGAUCAUUAAAUGUGUUUUUGUGUUUUUUUUUCCCUAUCUCAUUUUAUUUGAAAUUAUAUCCGGAAACAACCUUAGGCCCAAAGUUGCUAAUGGGGCUUGUUUGUUUCAUCGCUUUGAUUGGAGGAGUUCUUGCGACAACUUUUAAUAUACUAAAUAUUAAAACAUCUAUCAAUGAACUAUACUUUAAACAUGGUAGUCACCAAUAGUAAACGGUCACCACUAGUUUCUUUUCAACACAUAGCUAUUGUCUCAAUAAUUGCAUUGUUGCAAAAUAAUAAUUUUAAAUUACUUUUUGAGUUUAUAAAUAAAAUUAUAAAUUAAAAAUAGUAUUUGAAAUAUUUAUAUAUUAUUUUUUAAGAUAUAAAAUAUUUUAAGUAUUAUAAAUCGAUAAAAUUUAAAUAAAUCGGUCAACUAAACUAAAUUAUCAGCCUAGCUGCUAGUUUAGUUUAGAUAACGAUUUGAUUUAAUUUUGAUGUAGUUAGAUGUUAUUUAUUAUGUUCUCAUAUAUUUAUGUAAUUAUGUUAUUAUUUAUAUAUUUUUUUAAUUCUUAUAAGGUUAUAAAUUUUUUUUAUAAAUAUUUUGUAUUGAUUUUAUUUUAUUUACUUUUGAGGCUUCUUACUAAACAGUGACGUAAAAAUGAUUUAUUUUUUUAAAUUGUCUUUUUAUAAAAGUUUGUUAGAAUUUUAAUUUCGGUGGAUUAAUAUGUUGUGUUUUUUUUUUUUAAUGCGAUUAUCAUGUUUAGAUUUUUUUUUUGUGCUUUAUUUAAGCUAGGAAAUAUAUAUACUGAAAGGGA